CGGGAACGGCGCGCGGAGAGCUGAGGGUGGCGGCGGUCGACAUGUUCCGGGGCCCGGAGAGCGAGGGCGGCCGCGCCGGCUCCAGGGCCAUGAAGCCCCCAGGAGGAGAAUCGAGCAAUCUUUUUGGAAGUCCAGAAGAAGCUACUCCUUCCAGCAGGCCUAAUAGGAUGGCAUCUAAUAUUUUUGGACCAACAGAAGAACCUCAGAACAUACCCAAGAGGACAAAUCCUCCAGGGGGUAAAGGAAGUGGUAUCUUUGACGAAUCAACCCCCGUGCAGACUCGACAGCACCUGAACCCACCUGGAGGGAAGACCAGUGACAUUUUUGGGUCUCCGGUUACUGCCACUUCACGCGUGGCACACCCAAACAAACCCAAGGAUCAUGUCUUCUUAUGUGAAGGAGAAGAACCACAGUCGGACCUGACAGCAGCAACAAGCAUCCCAGCUGGAGCACAGCCAGGUGAGAAAGGCAGCGCCAAAGAAGCAGGCCUCGCCAAGGAGCAGGAGCCCACGCCCACAGUCGACAGCCAUGAGCCCCGGCUGGGACCGCGGCCUCGCUCUCACAACAAGGUCCUAAACCCACCGGGAGGCAAAUCCAGCAUCUCCUUCUACUAAAAGAAGCCACUGCUCCACCCGGAGCCAGACCAGAAACUCAAGAGAUAGGGUAGCAAUGUUUUCAUUUCCUUUUGCCCAAAUGAGCGGGGUGGGAAGAGGGUUAGUCAUGUGUGAGCCUGGCUGCUCAGCGUCUCCACGGCCGUCUUGAGAGCUGCCUGGAGACCCGUGCCUUCCAGACGGCUGGGAGGUGCCUUUGUGGGGAUGAAAUGGGGCACCCCUAACCAUCGCUCGUGUGUAGGCCAGGUUUGAGAGGAACUGGAAGGGGG